UGGGAAAAGCUAAAGAACUGUCAAUUCGGAAGACACAGAUUGUAAUUGAGCAUCUCAAGUCGGGGAAUGGGUACAAAAAAAUACAUAAACAGUUAAACACUUUAAGGGCAUUAUUAAAAAGGCAUCAAUCAUAUGCAGUGGUUGCAAACUUGCCAGAAAGAGAAUGCAAGUUCAUAUUAUCCCCGCAAGUGGCAAGAAAGAUGGUGAGGGAGGCUAUAACUAACCCAAGGAUCGCAGCUUAAAAGGAAAACACCAAUAUUUUGGGAAAUAUACCUUUUUUCUGACUUAGCCAGACUUAGACAAGAUGUUUUGUUGAUUUCAUUUUCAUUUUUUCACAAGCAAAGGGUUGCACGAAGUCAGCCCUUACUGAGUACAAUAACACAACAUCUUGAGUUUGACUAACCUCAUUGGAAUUAUAACUGUAAGGGAGUGAAUUCAAAAAGUACCCGGUAUUCUUAGCUGAAGAUCUGGUUGUUUCUGCUAGGAAGCUGAGUCUUGACUCCAAGCAUACUGUAAUAUAGUGUCUUUAUCCAAAAUGCUGUACAAUUGAUUAUUCUCAUUCACCCAUUCACACACACAGACGGACAGACACCAACAGCACCAACCAGCUCAUCUGGAGAAAUUGGGGGUUGGUGUCUUGCACAGGGACAUUUCGACACACUCAGGGCGGGAUCGAACCGGCAACCCUCCGACUGCCAGACGACUGCUUACAACCUGAGCCAAUUCUCACAACUUGUUGGAAAAGACUUAUGACUCAAGGGGUGGAUUCGUUCAGAGCCGAGAAGACGCAGCGGAGCGGCUGUUUACAAGGACUGAGGAUCGAGCGCCGAGGGAGCCGGGCACUCGAUCUGCCUGAGAGUCCCUCCAAACGCCGGUGCCUGGCAAGGACAUCCAGUCAGUGGCGUUAGCAGGCGGUGUGCAUUACUCUCGAUUAGACCCGAUAGCUCUGCCGAUACACGAUCCUCUCAUGCCAUAGUUCUCAGCUAACCGGGAGAUUAUAUAACUGACGCGAGCGCUGUCGGGUCUGUCUGCUCCGUGCACGUCCUCAGCAGCCACCUUUGCAGACCUCGGGGUCGUGUUGAGGCCGGACGAAAAAACGACGCUUAGCUUUCAGACAGAUGUUAAAACAUGCAUACACACCCUGCAGAAGGCUUUAACUCCGCUUGAGCCUGCGGUGCUGCUGCUAUUGCGCUAAACUGUUUUAUUCAACUUAGCGCUUGAUCAUUGAAAUGGAACAAGAAGGGCAACUCUGUCUGUGAAUGACUGGAAAGAGGCCCACCUUUGAUUGCACAAUGUGAAUUUUUUUUAAAACACUCCUUAAAAUGAGAAUGAGUGUCAUUAGAGGUGAACGCAGUCGUUUAUAAAUAGUAGUAUUGUCUUAUUAUGGAAAGGCGUACGGAAGGCUGGGAAACUAAGUCACUGUGCCUCAGAGUAACAGAGACUUCAGCCAAGCUGGUGAUGAUGUGUGUGUGGCCGAGUAGAAAGCCAGCAAGACAGAUGGAGUCUGCCUAGUGUGGUCACAUCUGUGAGUGAAUUGUCCCUCACGUGUAUUUUAAAAUGAAAUCCCACAACAACAGUUAAUCCCAAACACAUUCCGCUUUACAGGUAACGGACUGAAAGUUAUGGGGAAAGGGAUUUAUCCAUUUAUUUUGCAGCAUCAAGGAGCCCAUGUUCGCAUCAAAUGCAAUGUAACAGAAGGAGUCUAUUUGAAUUGAGUGUGUUUGUAUUAUGAAGGCCUGUGUUGUUCAGCCUUUAACCUAAAUAUAUAACUGUAGGAAGUGUUUUUUUGGAAUGAGAACUUUAACCACAUUAAGCAAUCUGGCUCAGGCUAUUUUCUAUUUUGCAUUCAGUAAUUGUUCUCAAACUCAGAAGUCCAGUAUUAUUCAUGAUUGGUGAAGAUGAAGGUCAGAUGUCAAAACCACUGCCAUAGUUUCAGUUCCAUUCCUUGCCUGAAGAAAGGAUAUGUUUAUCACUGUUCAGCACUGGUCGAAGUUCAGCAAAUGCGCAUGGAAUACAUUUUGCUCAGGGAAGUUCAACUCCUGGGGCAUGUUUUGUAUAAUUUUCAAAGACCAGAUAAAAAUAAUUUAUAUUUAUAUGUGUAUGUAUGAAUCUCACAGCCCAAGUCUCCCAAAUCUCCCCAUCUUCUACUCAACUCAACUUUAGCAGGGCGGGGAUGACCAUGGCCACCAUGCUAAUCAGUCCAGGAUGGAGAACGUUUCCCAGGGAAAAAAGAUACACUUCCUUCGAACUGCAGAGCAGCUCAGAAGACAGGUUGACAAACUUGAAAAAGAAAAGACCCUGAGCAACCAAAGCAAGAAUAUAUUUAGAGACGACUCUGGAACAGUAGAAGAAUCUGAAAUCAAACUCAGGCAUGACCGUACAACUGAGGUAAUGAAACUGCAGCAGCAACUGAAGAAAAUUCGCAAUGGUGUAAACAGGUUCCAGAGACAGCUGAUAGAUGUGAAACCCACCCCAGAAUUAAUCGAGAAGCUGAAAGAAAUUAUUACCAAAGUUGAAACUUCCAUCAGCACUUUCAAAGAAGAUAAACGGCAAAGUUACGAGGAGCUCCUGAAAAGGGAGUACACGUACUGGCAGGAGGUGUGCUCCUUGGAGAAGAAGAUCGGGCUCUGGGCUUCGGCUGGGCCCUCGGCGGGUUUGAAGGCCCCCCCGGCCCACCCGGCCAAGCUGUGCCUGACCAAGACCCUCCCCCCGGAGGUGAACGAGCUGGAGAGGUUCCUCUUGCUGACGGGGGGGCGGCAGGGAGGCUGGGACCAGUACGACCACGAGGUCUUUCUCCGGGAGAGGGCCAAGAGGAGCGGGAGGGAGGCUGUCCCCCACGUGCCGGGCAAGAGGGAGGAGGAGGUGGAGGAGCACGAGGAGUGGUACCAGAAACUGCUCCUCCUGGAGGAGAAGAAGAAGGAGGCGAUCUACAAAUGGAAAAGCCGGAAGCAGUGGCAGAGAGAGCAGGAGCUGAAACGGCAGAAGGAGAAGGAGGACGCGGCAAGGCGGGAGGAGGCGCGGCAGGCAGAGGAGGCGCAGCAGCAGGCCGAGGCGGGGCGGAGGGAGGCGGCGGCCCGGCUGGAGGCCUGGAAGGCCGGGCGGAGGGCCGAGGAGGACGCCGAGCGGGAGAGGCUCGUCCGGGAGGAGGUGCGCCAGAGGAAGAGGGCCAAGGAGGAGCGGCGGAGGCAGCAGGAGGCCAAGCUGGCUCUGGAGGUGCACGUUCGGGCGCGCAAGCACCAGCAGGAGCUCCUCCUCAUGGAGAAGGAGUGCCGGGAGCAGGAGGAGAUGGAGGAGAGGCAGAGGGCCGCCUCCAUUGGGAUCAAGAUCUUCCAGGAGAGGGAUAUUUGCAGGCUGGAGGCGAAACUCCAGGAGAAACAAGACAAGGAGGAGGAGGAGGCGGAACGGCAGAAGAAGCUGGCCAGGAUGAAGGAGAAAGUGGAGGCGCACAUCGGCCGAGACCCGUCGAGACUGUGCCAGCUCACCAAGGGGUGGCAGGAACGUACCAAAGUCAUCGGGCCGACGGGGGGAGGCCCCGUGUCACAGACAUUCCACAGAGCUGUGCCGAGCUGGAGACAAGACCUAUGACCGGGAAUCCCGCCUUCCAGAACCGCACUCAACGUUUGUAAACACAUACUGUGCAUAUUCUCGUGUAGUACUUGUGCAUUGUGGAAACAUUAUUUUCCCACCAGCCUGUUUUGUAUUGAAUGUAUUGGUGUAUUAGACACUUGGAAGUAAUUUUUUUUAAGUGCUUUUUUUUAUUUUUAUAUUUCAGUAUGUUCCUUUAAUAUAAUAUUCCAAACCCACCUCCAAUGUGAUUUUCUCAAGCAGGAAAAACAGGAAUGGAAUGUGGGUACAGAACAAGUUGUUUAACCGAAAAAAUAGCAAAUAGUGGUAAAAUGUAAGCCUAAGAGAGUAGUUUAGGAAUUGUAUCUUAAAGGUGAGUGAUACAGAUGUAACCACAGAUAUGUCAAUGGAGCCUUGUGUGUGUAAGAAGAGUAGCAUUUUAUAUCAUGUCGAACAUGAUCAACUUCCAGCAGCAUGCGUUUAUUAUAUCCAAUACAACAGUGCACAUUUAUAACCAUUGUCAAACUGUUCAGCUAUGAAACUGAAGAACUCAAUCGCAAAUAUUGCUGCUAAGAAAUAAAAGCACUAAGUAAUUAUACUUGAAAA